GGGCCGCCAACUAUCAUUUUCUAGAAAUUAAGCUCGCCAAAUCGAAAUAGUUUAGAACCGGGACUUUCAGAAUGCAGCAGCUUAUCAGAAGAUACAUGGCCUUUGUUCUCUUCCGUUAAGACCCCUUAUCCUUUCACCACCCCCCGCAGGCGAGUAGAGGGUUCAAUUCCGGCGAAUGGAGGGUGAUACCAGGUGAGUCCGACAGAGCAACGCCUUCACCUAGUGUCGAAUGGUGUCGGAGAGCAAAAUUUCACUAAAGAAGUGUUGCCAGAGGGUCUGCGUGGAAUAGGGAGACAUCAAUCUCGUUGGUUUGUUCAAGCAUCUCUGGGCUUUCAGUCUUGAAAGCUAAAUCAUUCUCGCUAUCUAGCUUAUUCUCUUUGAGAUGGCUCUUAACUAUUUCCCAGCUGCCUUUUAUCACUGUUGUCUAAUGAAGGUAAGCUUUGGAAAGGUGAUGUUGGCGAACCGGCUUGGACCUUGGCUAUUUACUCCUUCGAAAUUGAGAAGCAGGAGAACUUUGACCUGUGCUGUUAAUCAGGAUGCAGAGCAAUCAUUUAAAUAUACAGUAGAAGUGGAUAAAUUGAUAGAUAAGCUAAGAGUGGCGAGUUCUAAUCAACUUCAGCAGCUGGUAGCUGAAAACAUUCUGGCCUUCAAUGAGAGUUUUUGGAUUCGUCUGGCAGCUAGGACGGACACAUGCAAAUCUGAUGAUGAUAAAAAAGACUAUGAGGAACUUGCUUCACAUUUGAUGAGCAUGGUAGAUCGGCUUGUGCACAAAACAAAUGAGAAGAUAGAAUCAGCCACAGACGUGCUGAGGGAAAUAAUAAGGCCAGUGAUUGUAGAUGAUGAAGAAAUUUCUUGGCCUCCAAGGGACCCACAGUCUCUUGUUCUGAUGGAGAAGGAGUUGGCUCAGAGGGAACAGGAAGGGCAGCUAGAUGAAGGCUUUCUUUCAGAAGUAAAUGCACAAUUGCGACAGGCAAAAGAAGAUGGUGAUAAGCCAGGUCUUGAGGCUAUGCUGCAAAAAGUUUUGCAACUUUAUGCUGCCAAGGUCCUAUCAAAACGAAGUUAUGCCUACAGGGGUGGUCAAAUUCAAAAGACUGAGGCAUUCCUCGAAGCUGUAAUAAAAGCACCUGAGCAAGACUGGAACAAGCUUUUACUUGAUGGACUUCAAGUUGGAAAGGGAGACAUUCCAUCAGAGGAUUUCUAUGCUGUGGUCAAGAAAAGAAUUGAAAGAACAUUAAUCCGAACAGAGGGGGGUUCCUACCAACAGCGCAUAUUAAUUGAGUACCUUAAUGGCAUCCAGUCAAGGGCUGAAGAUAUCAUCAAAGUUCUUGAAGGGAAACAAACAUGAGUAUGUUCUGCAUUAGAUAUUCCACAAAAUUAGAGCAGGGAAUUGAAGUUGGCAACUUGGCAGGAGGACAUCCUGCAAAUAUCCAACUAUGGAUGGGUAUGACGUACCUAUUUUGUCAGAUGUUCUUUCUGUGGAUCAUGGUCAUGUAAGUUGUAGUUGCAACCAUGGUUCCCUACCAAAGAAAAAAAAGCUAAGCAUAAAAAUUAGAAAAAAAAAUAUUACAAUAUGCUUAGAAUGGUCAAUGAAGUCCUGGUGCCAAUUCCAUUUGUAACUUGGAACAGAUAGCAAUCGUUUUUAAUGUCUA